AUGUUUUCCCGUACAAGAAGUGUUGCUCUGAAUUCCAAUUCAUUCACAAGGAAUUUGUUGCGUCUUUAUUCACAAGCACCAUUGCGUGUUCCAAUCACUCUGCCAAAUGGUUUUACCUAUGAACAACCAACUGGUUUAUUCAUCAAUGGUGAAUUUGUCGCUUCUAAGCAACAGAAAACUUUCGACGUGAUUAACCCAUCUACCGAAGAAAAAAUAACGACCGUCUAUAAGGCUAUGGAAGACGACGUUGAUGUUGCAGUGGCAGCCGCUAAAAAAGCUUUUGAGACUAAAUGGUCCAUUGUAGAGCCUGAGGUUCGUGCCAAAGCUUUAUUCAACCUAGCGGAUUUGGUUGAAAAAAACCAAGAAACUUUGGCUGCCAUUGAAUCCAUGGAUAAUGGAAAAUCACUAUUUUGCGCACGCGGUGACGUCGCCCUAGUAUCCAAAUAUUUGCGUUCUUGUGGUGGUUGGGCAGAUAAGAUUUAUGGUAACGUUAUUGAUACUGGUAAAGACCAUUUUACGUACUCAGUUAGAGAACCAUUGGGUGUUUGUGGCCAAAUCAUUCCUUGGAACUUCCCAUUGUUGAUGUGGUCUUGGAAAAUUGGUCCUGCCUUGGCUACCGGUAACACUGUUGUGUUGAAACCUGCUGAGACAACGCCAUUAUCAGCCCUUUUUGCUUCUCAACUGUGCCAGGAAGCGGGUAUACCCGCUGGUGUGGUGAAUAUACUUCCAGGCUCUGGUAGAGUUGUUGGUGAAAAAUUAAGUGCACAUCCAGACGUGAAAAAAAUUGCCUUUACUGGCUCUACUGCCACCGGCCGCCAUAUUAUGAAAGUGGCCGCCGAUACUGUGAAAAAGGUCACUUUGGAACUGGGAGGAAAGUCACCAAAUAUCGUCUUUGCUGACGCUGAUUUAGAUAAGGCUGUCAAAAACAUUGCCUUCGGUAUUUUUUUCAAUUCUGGCGAAGUAUGCUGCGCAGGCUCCAGGAUAUACAUUCAAGAUACAGUAUACGAAGAUGUUCUACAAAAGUUGAAGAGUUACACUGAGUCACUAAAAGUUGGUGAUCCAUUCAAUGAGGAUAAUUUCCAAGGCGCCCAAACGUCUGACAAACAAUUGCAUAAAAUCCUGGAUUACGUCGCUGUGGCAAAGUCUGAAGGUGCUCGUCUUGUGACUGGGGGUGUCAGACAUGGCAAUAAGGGUUACUUUGUUAAACCAACUGUGUUUGCUGACGUAAAAGAAGAUAUGAGAAUAGUUAAGGAAGAAGUAUUUGGCCCUAUCGUAACUGUUUCCAAGUUUUCUACUGUUGAUGAAGUCAUUGCCAUGGCAAAUAACUCUCAAUAUGGGUUAGCCGCCGGCAUCCACACUAACGAUAUUAACAAGGCGAUUGACGUGUCCAACAGAGUAAAGGCUGGUACCGUUUGGGUAAACACCUAUAACAACUUCCAUCAGAGUGUCCCAUUUGGUGGUUUUGGCCAAUCAGGUAUUGGACGUGAAAUGGGUGAGGCUGCGUUGAGUAAUUAUACUCAGACAAAAUCUGUCAGAAUUGCUAUUGACAAGCCAAUUCGAUGA